GAUGAUUGCCGAGUGAUUCAGUUCAAAGCAGGAACGAAAAACAAGAUCUUAACAAAACACGUCAUAAGAAGUGAACAAGCAAAGGACAAGAAUAUCUGCGGGUUUAAAUGCUACUUUGAACCAAACUGUGUGUCCUAUAACUAUGGUCCGUUGGGAGAUGGAACAUUCACAUGCGAGCUAAGCAACAGAACUCAUUUGCAAGUCUCUCCCAGUUACUUCGAAUAUAGGAACGGCUCUUUAUACAGAUCAAUCAUUGUAAGUAAAUAACCAUAUGAGUUUUACCAGGGUGAUCGUUCCGCAAGCGAGAAACCUCUGUUUCACGUUGAUCCUCGUUUAUUUAUUUACCACUUUAUUAUUUAUCUCUCUAAAUACUCAGUCAAUUUAUUUACUCAUCUAAGCUUUAUCUAUCUAAUUACUUGAUUCAUCUUUUGCAUUUUAGAAUUCCUGUGAGAGCAAUCCGUGUGUUAGUAACUCUACUUGUCAAGCGGGGUUUGGUAGUCGUGGUUACCGCUGUAUUUGUUCUGACGGAUUUGAAGGAGGGCUUUGCCAAAGAGGUGAGAAAGGAAACUCCUUGCGAUAGAUUGAAUUCUUCAUUUCUUGCCAAAACUUUAGAUGAUUGCCGAGUGAUUCAGUUCAAAGCAGGAACGAAAAACAAGAUCUUAACAAAACACGUCAUAAGAAGUGAACAAGCAAAGGACAAGAAUAUCUGCGGGUUUAAAUGCUACUUUGAACCAAACUGUGUGUCCUAUAACUAUGGUCCGUUGGGAGAUGGAACAUUCACAUGCGAGCUAAGCAACAGAACUCAUUUGCAAGUCUCUCCCAGUUACUUCGAAUAUAGGAACGGCUCUUUAUACAGAUCAAUCAUUGUAAGUAAAUGACCAUAUGAGUUUUACCAGGGUGAUCGUUCCGCAAGCGAGAAACCUCUGUUUCACGUUGAUCCUCGUUUAUUUAUUUACCACUUUAUUAUUUAUCUCUCUAAAUACUCAGUCAAUUUAUUUACUCAUCUAAGCUUUAUCUAUCUAAUUACUUGAUUCAUCUUUUGCAUUUUAGAAUUCCUGUGAGAGCAAUCCGUGUGUUAGUAACUCUACUUGUCAAGCGGGGUUUGGUAGUCGUGGUUACCGCUGUAUUUGUUCUGACGGAUUUGAAGGAGGGCUUUGCCAAAGAGGUGAGAAAGGAAACUCCUCGCGAUAGCAGGUCUUCAUCUCUCAGGUUUACGGUUAAAGUUACACAAUAAAGCUGCAAAUAAAGUAGCCUCUCAUCAAGGAGAGCUUUGAAUCCUCAUCUGUUUAAUUAAUACAACCUUGAUAUCUGCAUCAAAGGAUAUCUCCGUCAUGGGGCAAGGGGCAAGUUAGAUUUGUUCUGUAUGUGCUCUGUCAAAUGCUAGAAGUUGUCAGAAGGAUUGAAACUCCAAGGUUGUGACAACUAGAGAAGUCGUGUUAAGAUGUUCCUCUAGAGCAUUAACCGAGGUGUGAUAUCAAAGUAUUGCUGUCGUGAUGUGAUAAAUCCUAGAUAAUGGAGCUUACAGAAAAACGAGAAAGUAAGAGAAUAUCGGAAUAAGAAUGGGUGAUAUGAAGGGAAAAGUGCCUCAUGUUGUCAAUUGUGGAUAUUUGAUGCAAGGGUAAGAACAGAAAUGAAACCAAUUAAAAUACAAGUUUCGUAUAGGUAAUCACGUGAUUUCGAGUGCAAUUUGGAAUAAAUAAGCACGAGUAAAUAUUUUUAAAGACUAACAAAGUUGCACGAGCCGGUAGGGCGCGUGCAAUUUGUGGUCUUUGAAAAAAAAUUAACAAGUGCUUGUUUAUUUCAAAUUGCGCGAUAAAAAUCAUGUGACUACGUGUUAAUAAUAUGCAUGAAAAAAACGAGAUGGCUUAUCACAAUUUAGCAUAAGCAAAGCGCGCGCAUCAAGUGCAAAAAUAAUUUAUUCAAACAGUAAUAUGCAAUGAUAUCUUCACAUCUUUAAGGCGCAAAAAGUUCAAAGUCCGGCUAAACAGUUCAAGGAAGUGUUCAGUCUGUGUCGGAAUCACUUUCCAUGAAAUGGAAUCAUCGUUUCGAGGGUUUAACCAUGUUUAUUUUUAAUUUCGACUUUGGAUCGCUCGAGCAAAAUGUUAAGCUGGGUCGGCUCGUAAUUUUCGAUUUCCUUGGCAAUUCCCUUCUCUAAACACCACUUUUGCCAAACCGACAACCAAAAAGCAGUGCUUUUACAGUGUUUUCGUUGUUUGAGCUGUUUUUCAGCCGCGGUGGCGAAAGAAAACCUACUUAAAACGCCGGCCAUUGUUUCGCUCGCAAAUUUUCAAGUUUUGUUGCGACAUCCAAGGCACGCAUUUGAUUGGCUAUCUGUGAAUUUCUUUGAUUAUUGACCAAUCAGAAUGUCUGAGUUGUCACUUUCUUUUCACUGAAUUAACCCUCUUCUGCACUGAAUUAACUCUCUUCUGCACUGAAUUACCUGAAAACUGCAUUUAUCAUAACCAAUCAUGUAUAUUAUUAGUGCUGAAAGCAAAUAGUUGAAAUUUUGGAAAAACUGACAGAAAUAAUUGAUUAAUACGAUGGAGGUGCACUUUAGAUGAAAAAGAUCUAUUUCAAAAUAAGGAAUAUUAUGGUUUUUUUCAUAUUCCUUUAAUCUUAAAUAGAUAUUGACGAAUGCAUCUUAGGCAAGGAGAAGUAUUCCUCUGAUGGCAGUUGUGUUAAUGUUAUGGGCUCAUACGUCUUACUUUUCCAUCUUUUGUAACUCGUGUGUAGAUACUGAUGAGUGUACAUCGAGGAAACACGAUUGUUCCUUUGACAGGGACUGUGUUAAUGUGAUGGGUUCCUAUCAGUGCUCUUGCAAGCCUGGAUUUACUGGCGAUGGUAAAAUUUGCCAAGGUAACAUUUAUUUUAUAUAA